AUGCAUUCCCUCAAAGUCAGCUCCAUACAGGCAGACUUUUUUACGCUAAACCCAGCCAAAGCCUCCUACAUGACUACAAAUGAGAGAGCAAUGAAUGAUUCCCCCAUGUGCAGAUAAAUCCAGGAUCUCCUCCACAGGGUGUGCUGGGCUGUAACCUGAGCUAUUGGAACACGUGAGCAGAGCGCUGCCUGGAAGAGAAGACUGCGAAGGCUGGUCCGCUCUCUACUGUGCGAAGGCUGGUCCGCUCUCUACUGUGCCACAUCAAUGGCUGGAUACUACAAUCAUCUCCUGACCGGCUGUCUCCUCACCUUCACUGCGGGGCUGGUGUACGCCUCCCCCCGCUGCCUCCCCGGAGACCGAGCCUUAGGGCGAUGCGUGGAUCCUGCUUCAGAGAAAGGAACGUGUACCGACAAUGUCCUGGGAUAUUGUGAUGACUUGCCCUAUAGCAAAACCAUGUACCCAAAUUCAUUAGACCAUCGAUCAAGAGGAGAUACAGAAUUCAGUGCCGAGUACAUCCUGCUGAGUGUCAUUGACAAUUUGCUACAAGGAGAAUGCAAUCCUGACUUGAGGCUUCUGGGAUGUACUGUCCUGGCACCACGAUGUGAGAAGAAUAAGAUUGUAAAACCAUGCAGGAAAAUCUGUGAGACUCUGAAGAAGAAUUGCCUUCCUGCCUUCGAUGCUAUUGACAUGGCAUGGCCUUACUUUCUGGACUGCGAUCGCUUCUUUGCAAGUGAUGAGGAAGGAUGUCAUGAUCCACUGGAAAAAUUAAGAGUUAACAUUGAAGAAACACCUGACGACUCACUUCCUCAAAUGCCAAAUACCUUCAUUGAUUUCAGUCAUCACAGCUAUGCACAAAUGGUCAGCAUUCUGAAGAAAACUGCAGGCAAAUGCUCCCAUAUUGCUAAGACGUACAACAUUGGACGCAGCUUUGAAGGGAAGGAUCUCAUAGUAAUUGAGUUUUCAACCAAACCAGGCCAGCAUGAACCAUUAAAACCGGAAUUCCGUUACAUUGGCAACAUGCAUGGAAACGAAGUGGUUGGCAGGGAGUUACUGAUCUAUCUUGCCCAGUAUUUGUGCUCAGAAUAUCUCCUUGGCAAUCCCAGGAUCCAGGAAUUGAUCAACACUACAAGGAUCCACCUCUUUCCUUCAAUGAACCCAGAUGGCUAUGAGUUGGCAUCCGAAGAGGGUGCUGGAUACAAUGGCUGGACAAAUGGAAGGAUGACAGCUCAGAACAUUGAUCUUAAUAGAAAUUUUCCUGAUAUGACUUCUGAAGUUCAUAAAAUAAUGAAAGUACGCUCAGCUCGUGUUGAUCACCUGCCCAUCCCUGAAACUUAUUCGUGGGACAGGGUAGCGCCAGAGACAAAAGCAGUCAUGAAAUGGAUGAGGAACAUCCCAUUUGUCUUGUCUGGGAGUCUUCACGGUGGUGACUUGGUAGUCAGCUAUCCUUAUGACUUUUCAAAACACCCUUUGGAAGAAAAGAUGUUUUCUCCUACUCCUGAUGAAAAGGUAUUUACGAUGCUUGCGAAGACGUAUGUUGCUUCACAUCCCAAAAUGUCAGACCAAGCAACAGAAAGAUGUGGUGGAAAUUUUGUAAGAAAAGGGGGCAUCAUUAAUGGUGCUGAGUGGUACAGCUUCAGUGGAGGAAUGUCAGACUUCAGCUAUCUCCACACAAAUUGUUUUGAACUUACCCUGGAGCUGGGAUGUGAGAAGUUCCCAACUGUGGAUGAACUGUAUACGGCCUGGAAAGACAAUAAAGAAUCUUUGCUGAGCUUCAUUGAAAUGGUACACCGAGGCAUAAAAGGAGUAGUGAAGGAUGAACAUGGAAAUGCCAUUAAAAAUGCCCGAAUCUCAGUGAAAGGAAUUCGCCAUGACAUCAUGACAGCUGAGGAUGGAGAUUAUUGGAGACUCUUGAUUCCUGGUGUCUACAUAGUUUCUGCUGAGGCUUUUGGCUACUCAAAGGUCACCAAAAAAAUUACCCUACCAGCAAAGUUGACCAAGGCAGGACAGGUUGACUUUGCUUUGAAGAGGGUUGAAGUUAGUAAUCGUAGAUAUAAUAAAGUUAUUCCACAAGACAUUUAUGAUCGAUUAGACCCAUUGGACUCCUAUGACCCACAUGCUCGACGAGGACAAGAAGGGGAAGAUGAUCAACAGUCACAAGACAGAGAAAAACCAUGGUGGUGGUCUUAUUUCAGUAUACUUGGUCAUAACAGACCUAUGUGGCUACUUAAAAAUAACUAACCCUGUAAUAAUUAUUUUGGCAACAUACUUAAGAUUAUUUUUUUCUAAUAGUGUCAGGUUUGUUUUAUAUUACUGUAGUGUAAAACUAGUGUAAAACAAAAUGUUUUAUCUGCUUUCAUGGUAAUUCCUGUUAUUAAUUGAACAAGUUUUACAAAGUUAAUAUUUUUUUAUUAUUGUGAUCACAAAAGGCAGCAAAUGUCAUAGUACAGAAAAUAUGGAAAGGCAUUUUUAAUAAACAUAAUGUUACAAACAGAUGUAAUUUUGAAAGCUUUAAUUAUGUGCAGGCCAAAACUAUUUGGACCAAUCUUCCCAAAGCUUUUAAAGUAAAGUAGGAAAAUCCCA